CACCCAGACACGCAUUUGUAGAUCGACUGAGAACCCCUCAAAUCCAACGCAUAGACUCCCCAAUCUCUCAGCCAUACAAUAAUCCCUCGAACUCGGCACCAUGUCAGCAAACCAAAAACCAAUUCUUAUCGCCGGCGCCGGCGUCGCAUCCCUCCUGCUAGCGCAAUCCCUCCGCCUCUCCAAAGUCCCCUUCCGCAUCUUCGAGCGCGACACCUCUUUUGUCUUCCGCGCCCAGGGCUACCGACUGCGCCUCUCCGCCGAGGGCCUCGAUGCCAUCGAAUCCGUCCUUGACCCCGAGACCUUCCGGCGCUUCUGGGACAAGUGCGGCCAGACGGGCGGGCUCGGCUUAAUCCAGCUAAAUGCCGUCACCGGCGAACCCGUUAACCAGCCUAGCCAGGCUCCGCGCGGUGUCCAAAACGCUCUCACCUCGCGCGACGGCAAGGUCGUGGGCAUCGCGCGCGGCGACAUGCGAAAGGUGUUUGCGACGGACUGCGAGGAGCAUAUUGAAUGGGGGCGGGAGGUGACCGGGUAUGAGCUCACACCGGACGGGAGUGGGGUCCGGGUGACGUUCGCGGACGGGACCAAGUCGAUCGAGGGGGCGCUACUCGUCGGCGGGGAGGGGAUCCGCUCGCGGGUGGCGCAGCAGCUUUCGCGGGGCAGACUGAAGGUGUACGACACGGGCGCUAGGGGGAUCCACGGGCAGGCGCCGACGGCGGCAUUCAAGGGCCUGGACGAGGGCGUGUGGAUGCUGCGGGACGAGUCGCGGGCUGAUGGGGUGGUGUCCGUUAUUACCAAUGUUCGGGCAAAGGACAUGGAUGAUGAGAGUGUCCAGUUUGGCUGGACUAUGGUUGGUCAGCCGGGCGUGAUUCGGCCGCCGAACGAGGAUUACACCAUCGUCGGGAAGCAGGCGGCGGAUGUGGCCAAGACCCUGACCAAGGACUGGCAUCCACGGUUCCGUCCGCUGCUGGAGCAGAUGAACGAGGCCGAGGCGGCGUUUUGGAAGAUCACCUGCUCGAGGCCGUCGGGCGUGCCCGAGUGGCCUAACGAGCCGUGCGUGACGCUCAUUGGCGAUGCCGUGCACUCCAUGACGCCCGCGGCCGGUCUCGGCGCAAAUACAGCGGUGCGAGACUCGGCUCUGCUGGGGAGGCUGCUGCGCGAGGCUGGCGGGUGCAAGCCGGGCGUUACGGCGGCGUAUGAGAAGGAGAUGAGGGUGUAUGCGAGCGAGGCCGUCAAGUUGAGUUAUUCCACGGCGGCGAGGCAGUUUGGAACUAGCAUUGAUGAGGAGAGUACUCCUACUGUGUGACAGAAUGCCUUAAUUACGGCUACGAUGCCUUAUAUAUUAACCCAAUAGGGAUGGAUAAAGAUAGGCCCCGAGAAGGAGGGAGAUUCUUGUUUGCCUAGACAAAAC